AAAAAAAAGAGUCAAUAGCAUUUUUAGCAAUGGGACCAAAAUGACCAAACUACCAAAGUAUGUGGCCACAAACAAUUUACUAUCCAAUUCGCUCUCUCCCCCAACAACGACAGUCUCUCACACUACUGCAGUAUUUCUUCUCGCUCGUUUGCUCUUAGCUUGCUUUUAUUGGAAAAAAAGUUUUGAGAUUUUCAUUCUUUCUUUUCUUCUUUUCUUUUUGCCCAUUGUGGGUUUUGAUUUGUGCGAGAAAUGGCUUUGAAUUUGAUGUCACCUGCUGAGAUCAAGACCAUCUCCUUCUUUGACACAUCCAAGUCUAACUUCAACCUUCUUCACUCUCUCAAGCUCCCUUCACAUGUUUCAUGUGGGGUUGGAAUCAAAAGAAAGAAAGGGAAUGGAAAAUUUGGAAAGAGAGUGGAGUGUGUGGCAAAGACACCCCCUCCUGCCUGGCCAGGAAGUGCUGUGGCUGAAUCAAUUCAAAGGACUUGGGAUGGCCCAAAGCCCAUUUCAAUUCUUGGUUCAACUGGUUCCAUUGGAACUCAGACCCUGGAUAUAGUUGCUGAGAAUCCAGACAAGUUUAGAGUUGUUGCACUUGCAGCUGGGUCAAAUGUGGCUCUUCUUGCUGAUCAGGUCAAAACAUUUAGGCCAAAGCUAGUUGCUAUACGGCAUGAGUCAUUGGUUGAUGAACUCAAAGAAGCUUUGUCUGGUCUUGAAGACAAACCUGAAAUAAUUCCUGGAGAGCAGGGAACUAUUGAGGUUGCCCGCCAUCCGGAUGCUGUCACUGUUGUCACUGGAAUUGUUGGUUGUGCAGGGCUUAAGCCAACGGUGGCGGCAAUAGAGGCUGGGAAAGACAUUGCAUUGGCCAACAAAGAGACUCUAAUUGCCGGCAGUCCAUUUGUCCUCCCCCUUGCCCACAAGCAUAAGGUCAAGAUUCUUCCUGCCGAUUCCGAGCAUUCUGCCAUUUUCCAGUGUAUACAAGGCUUGCCACAGGGUGCACUCAGGCGUAUUAUUCUAACGGCUUCUGGAGGGGCUUUCAGAGAUUUGGCUGUUGAGAAACUGAAAGAUGUACAGGUAGCUGAUGCUUUGAAGCAUCCUAAUUGGUCUAUGGGUAAAAAGAUCACCGUAGAUUCCGCUACCUUAUUCAAUAAGGGUUUGGAAGUUAUCGAGGCUCACUAUCUGUUUGGGGCGGAGUAUGAUGACAUUGAAAUUGUGAUUCACCCGCAGUCCAUCGUUCAUUCCAUGAUUGAAACACAGGAUUCGUCUGUAUUGGCACAAUUGGGAUGGCCCGAUAUGCGUCUUCCAAUCCUUUACACAAUGUCUUGGCCGGAGAGAAUUCAUUGUUCUGAGGUCACCUGGCCCCGACUCGAUCUUUGCAAGCUUGGGUCAUUGACAUUUAGAGCCCCAGACAAAGUAAAAUACCCGUCCAUGGAUCUUGCUUAUGCUGCUGGGCGGGCGGGUGGGACCAUGACCGGAGUUCUCAGUGCCGCGAAUGAAAAAGCAGUUGAACUGUUCAUCGACGAGAGGAUCGGUUACCUUGACAUUUUCAAGAUCGUGGAGCUAACGUGUGAAAAGCAUCAAGAAGAAGUGGUCACGGCGCCUACCCUUGAGGAAAUCGUACACUAUGAUUUGUGGGCUCGGGAUUACGCUGCCCGCUUGCAAGCGUCUAUGGGCCUGAGCCCAGCGCUUGUAUAACGCUGCGCGCAUUGGGCCCAUAGCUACUAGAAAACGCGCUUGCGUGAAGCGUAGUAAUAGUGUACAAUAACAUUUGGGACCAAAUAAAUGUAUGUAGUGUUAUUGAGAAACUUUGAUUGUUAUACUCCAUACCUCAGUUGCUUAGCCUUGGAAAUCACACACAUUUACUACUCCCUCUGUCCCAUUUUAAAUUGCCUGUUUGCCUUUUUUCUCCGUCCCAAAAUAAAUUGCCUGUUAGUUGUUUCCGUAAACUUUUAAAAAUAAAAUACCUAAACUACCCCUAAAAUAAGUCAAUCUUCUUCACCU